AUGGCGGUCAAGGUGCAAACCACUAAAAGAGCCGACCCCCAUGACUUGAAGAGUAUUUUCCUCAAGUAUGCGAGCGUGUUGGAGGAUGGAGAGCAUUACAUGACCCCCAGGGACUUUGUGCAGAGUUACUUGGGUCUGCACACACAGCCGCAGCACAACCCCAAAACUGUGGAGCUGAUAGCUGGAGUGGCUGACACCACUAAAGAUGGAUUGAUUUCUUUCCAGGAGUUUAUGGCCUUUGAAUCGGUCCUCUGCGCCCCGGACGCCCUCUUCAUAGUGGCCUUUCAGUUGUUUGACAAGACUGGCACGGGGAACAUCUCAUUCGAGAAUGUUCGUGACAUCUUCAGCCAGACCACAGUUCAUCACCACAUUCCCUUCAACUGGGACUGUGAUUUCAUCAAGCUGCACUUUGGUCACAAAAGAAACAGGAACCUCAGCUAUGCAGAGUUUGCGCAGUUUCUGCAGGAGCUGCAAUUGGAACACGCCCGCCAGGCCUUUGCACAAAAAGACAAGAACAAAAGUGGCUCCAUCACCGCCUUGGACUUCAGUGACAUCAUGGCCACCAUCAGGCACCACAUGCUGACUCCUUUUGUUGAGGAGAACCUGGUUUCGGCUGCCGGAGGCAGCACCUCCCACAUGGUGAGCUUCUCCUACUUCAAUGCCUUCAAUGCUCUCCUCAACAAUAUGGAGCUGAUCCGCAAGAUUUACAGCACGCUAGCUGGCACGCACAAAGACACUCUCGUCACCAAAGAGGAGUUUGUUCAUGCUGCAAAUAAAUUUGGUCAGAUCACUCCGAUGGAGAUAGACAUCCUGUUCCAACUCGUUGGUCUCCACUCACACUCUGGGCGGCUGAAUCACACAGACAUCGAUAGGGUCGCCCCGCUGGAGGAAGGAGCCAUGCCGUACCACCUAGCCGAGACCCAGAGACAGCACCCUCACGAAGCGUCUCGGCCCGUCUGGCUCCAGGCUGCAGAGUCUGCCUACAGGUUCUCUCUGGGCUCAAUCGCUGGAGCCACCGGUGCCACGGCUGUGUACCCCAUCGACCUGGUGAAGACCCGCAUGCAGAACCAGCGCUCCACGGGCUCCUUCGUGGGAGAGCUGAUGUACAAGAACAGCUUUGAUUGUGCUAAGAAGGUGCUCCGCUACGAGGGCGUCUUUGGAUUCUACAGAGGUCUGCUCCCGCAGCUCAUCGGCGUCGCCCCUGAGAAAGCUAUCAAACUCACGAUGAAUGAUUUUGUCAGAGAUAAAUUCACCACAGAAGAAGAUACGGUGCCUCUUCCUGCAGAGAUCCUCGCUGGUGGAUGUGCUGGAGCGUCCCAGGUGAUCUUCACCAAUCCUCUUGAGAUUGUUAAGAUCCGACUGCAGGUGGCCGGAGAGAUCACCACAGGCCCCAGGGUCAGUGCCCUGAGUGUUGUGAGAGACCUGGGCCUCCUCGGCCUCUACAAGGGGGCCAAAGCCUGCUUCCUGCGUGACAUCCCCUUCUCCGCCAUCUACUUCCCUGUUUAUGCCCACACCAAGGAGAAGCUGGCCGAUGAGGACGGAAGGCUGGGGGCUCUGCAGCUGCUCACCGCUGGAGCCAUAGCAGGCGUACCGGCGGCUUCGCUGGUGACCCCUGCCGAUGUCAUCAAGACCAGGCUUCAGGUGGCAGCCCGAGCAGGCCAGACCACGUACAACGGAGUUAUCGACUGUUUCAAGAAGAUCAUGGCAGAGGAGGGUUUCAGGGCGUUGUGGAAGGGAGCAGGAGCUCGUGUCUUCAGAUCAUCGCCCCAGUUCGGCGUAACCCUGGUGACCUACGAGCUGUUACAGAGAUGGUUAUAUGUUGACUUUGGAGGACACCGUCCUACUGGCUCCGAGCCCAUCCCCAAAGCCAAGAUGGAGGAGCAUCCCUCCAUGACCGCAGACCACGUGGGUGGAUACCGUCUGGCUGCCACAACCUUUGCUGGCGUGGAGAGGAAGUUUGGUUUGCACCUUCCAAAGUUCAAGCCUUCUGGAGAGGCGACAAUCAAAUUAGUCCAAACUGAAACUCAGGCCUCUUAA